CAUGUGUGAAGUUUAUUUAGACUUGGCUGGAGGUCAACAAUAUUGAUUUUGGAUAAGCAGAUCUUCGAGACUUAGCUAGAUUGACACAAAAAGACACCUGCUUCAUUGUUCCCAUUCUGGUGGAGUGAGAGGAAGGUCUAUCACUGCGUCAGAGAUUUCCGUCGUACCUCUACUCGGACAACAACAACAACACCAGCAGUUGGAAGUCAGCUCAUGUAACAUUGACAUCUCAGUACGGUACUUCAAAUCACAAUGUACCGAGUUGUGUGCCAAAGGGCGACAACAGUUCGACAACAGUGUCAGAGGUUGUUUUAUCCUCAGAGACGUUACCAGAGUUCGGGAAAUUCUUCGCUUGAUGUGGCACGAGAGUAUAAACCUAAUGACAAACUCCAUGGCUUCACGGUGAACAAGGUUGUAGAAGUGCCGGAGCUUUGUCUGGUGUCCGUCUGGCUAAAUCAUGACAAAACCGGAGCCGAAUAUCUCCAUGUUGCCAGAGAUGAUGCCAACAAUAGCUUUCAUGUUUCUUUCCGCACGACACCGAUGGACAGCACAGGUGUACCUCACAUCCUGGAGCACACGGUUCUCUGUGGGUCAGAGCGAUUCCCCGUCAGCGACCCCUUCUUUAAGAUGCUGAAUAGAUCCAUGGCAACCUUCAUGAAUGCCAUGACAGCCUAUGAUUGGACGAUGUACCCUUUCUCUACCCAGAAUCCUCAGGACUUCAAGAAUCUGCUGAAUGUUUACCUGGACGCCGUUUUGCAGCCAAAACUGAGAGAGCUGGAUUUCUGCCAGGAAGGCUGGAGACUGGAACACACAGACCCUAAUGACCCAUCCUCACCUGUGAUCUUUAAAGGUGUAGUCUUUAACGAAAUGAAAGGUGCUCUGGCAGACUCACAGAGCCUGUACUCAAUCGCUGUCCUCAAUAACCUGCUGCCUAGCCACACUUACGGCGUUGUUAGUGGCGGAGAACCUAUGGCUAUACUAGACCUCACUUGGGAGAAUCUUAAACAGUUCCACAGGACGCAUUACCACCCGAGCAAUGCUAAGUUUUACUCAUAUGGGAAUUUUCCGCUUGAAAAUCACCUGGAGAUUGUGAACUCACAGUACCUGGAAAAAUACGAGGAGAUCAACCCCAAUACAGAAGUGCCGUUAGAACCCCGGUGGUCUGAGGCAAAAGAGGCUGUGAUUUAUUGUCAACCAGACCCAAUGGCUGCUGACCCAUCCAAACAGACAACUGUGUCUGUCAACUUUCUCCUGUCUGACAUCACUGAUAUAAACGAAGCUUUGACUCUAACCAUCUUGUCGAGCCUGCUGGUAGAUGGGGAGGCUGCACCAUUUUAUCAGGCUCUGUUGGGGGCCAACAUUGGCUCGGACUACUCCCCGAUGACUGGAUUUCAAGGGUACACGAGAGAAGGGACGUUUUCUAUUGGCUUACAGGGUAUCCAUGACAACGAUGUUGCUAAAGUGAAGGAGAUUAUUGAUCAAACAAUAGAUAAUGUAAUCAGGGAUGGAUUUGAAGAGGACAGAAUUGAAGCCAUUUUACAUAAAAUUGAACUAAGUUUGAAGCACCAAACGUCAAACUUUGGAUUACAUUUGGGGCUGGCGCUAAACUCCAGUUGGAAUCACGACGCGGAUCCGUCUACGUUUCUCCGCGUCAAUGAUCAAGUGGAUGAGUUCAAAAAGAGGCUGAAGUUCAACCCGUGUUACCUGCAGCAGAAAUUGGAACAGUAUCUUAAGUCCAAUCGCCAUAGGCUAACAUUGAUCAUGAGGCCCAAUGAGGAACUCUCCAGUCAAAAACAGGCUGAGGAGGAAGAAAAGUUACAGGCUAGACUUCGUGAACUGAAUGAUGAGCAAAAGUCACAGAUUUUCCAAAGAGGGAAAGAACUCUUGGAGAAGCAGAUGAAACAGGAAGACAUUUCUUGCCUCCCAACACUGAAGAUUUCUGACAUCUCUCCAAAGAUUAUUGCAGAGCCUUUUGAAAUUAUCCAAUCAGAGUGUGCUCCUCCCGCAGAGAGCCUGCCAAUCUAUCUGUGUGAACAGCCGACUAAUGGAGUGACGUACUUCCGUGGUCUUGCCAGCAUGGCAUCUCUUUCACCAGAACUCAAACCCUAUGUCCCACUUUUCUGCUACAUCAUCACAAAAAUGGGUGCUGGCAUAUAUGACUACAUGGAGCUGUCUAAGCAGAUUGACCUGUGUUCAGGUGGGCUCUCGGCCUCUGUUCAUCUGUCAGAGUCACCUGACCAACCCGGACAAUUUCAGGAUGGGAUUCUGCUGUCAUCGUUUGCAUUGGAGAGAAAUUUUGAGAGAAUGCUUCAGUUGUGGACUGAAAUUUUCAACAGACCAAAUUUACAUGGAAGCCCAAAGAACAUGGAGCGACUGACAACUUUAAUCAGAAUGUCGGCAUCCGAAUUAGCAGCGUCUUUAUCAGGGUCAGGACACGCAUAUGCGAUGACGCACUCGGCCAGCACACUGACAGCUGCAUCAAAACUCAGGGAGCAAUUUUCAGGAAUUUCUCAGGUGAGCCUCAUGAAGAGAGUGGCUGAGGCCGAGAACCAAUCAAAACUGAUCGAUCAUCUGGAGGAAUUGGCCCACAAACUGUUGCAGAAGAGUAACUUCAGAUUUGCGUUAAAUACAUCAGGGCCGGCCAUGAGAAAAAGCGUGAGACAGUUCCAGGAUUUCUUGUCCUCGCUUCCUGGGGAAAAGAUUAGGGGAAAACGAACAAAGGUUGAGCAAACCGUAUUUGAGCCGAGCAGUUGUAAAACUCACAUAGAACUGCCCUUCCCUGUGAACUAUGUCAGUGAGAGCUUCCAAGGGGUUCAUUAUACACAUGAAGACUAUGCAAGACUAAGCAUUCUAUCCAGACUGUUAUCUGCAAAAUUCCUACAUCGAGAAAUAAGAGAAAAGGGAGGAGCCUAUGGCAGUGGAGCGGUCUGCCGCUCCGGACUGUUUAGUUUCUUCUCUUACAGAGACCCUAAUUCCUUGAAAACGCUGGAUGUUUUCAAGCAGUCUGUAGACUGGGCUCUGGAUGGAAAGUUUACUGAUGCAGACAUAGAUGAGGCCAAGUUGUCCAUGUUUCAGCAGAUAGACAAGCCGGUACCCCCAGGGUCUAAAGGGCUGACCUACUUUACCCAGGGGGUCAGUGAUGAGAUGAGACAGAGGAACCGUGACAAGCUGUUUGCUGUCAGCAGAGAGGAGGUCAUGGAUGUCACGGCCAGAUACCUUGUUCCUGGCCAUAAACUGAACUCUGUAACAUUCCUGGGUCCUGAGAAUGAGGUAACCAAGGGAGACAACUCCUGGAGAGUUUUGACUGAGUCAUAAUGUGGUCAACACGGUUACCACGCCUACCAACUCCAAAGAGUUUCUUACAUUUCUGGAUCAGUGGCAAAUGAAUGCAGAGACAUAUUCAUGAGAAUCAACAGGACCGUAAACAUUAAUUA